CCUGGUCAACGAGCCCCCCCCUUCCAGUCAGUCCGUCGCCACCCUGAACGAACCUCCACCACUCCCCCUUUUCGGCAACGCAAGCAUAGAGAUGUGCGGCGGAGAGAACAUCUAUUACACGGCCUGCGGGUGCUGGACGGGCCACGUAAUCCUCUACACCUGUCCCAGGGGACAAGCCUUGGGCGGGUCGCACUGCUACGGGCUGGAGGUCGCGGGCGUGCACAGGGUGGAAGGAUACUGCAUUACCUGCAAGCGGCGGGCGGAGCAGAUGAAAAGGGUAGGUGUCGAGUAUUCCCUCGCCGCCGGGGACCGGGACGAGGCGAACGCGCGCCACGGUCGGGCGUAUGUCAAGGAGCUAAUUCGUCAGGAGAAGGAGAAGGCCGGGGAGACCCCGUGGCGGCCUGAGAGCAGCCAGGAGGAGAAUAAGAAGCGCCGGUGGCGUGUCUAUUAUAUGGACGCCGGGCGGGGUGGUGAUGACGGCGAAGCGGAGACGAAGAAGGUAGCUGAGGCGGAGCGAGGCUCGGGUGGCCCUCGGGCGCCGCCGUCAGGCCUAGACAUGGAUGACCCCUUGGUGCUGUGGAAGCUGCACUACUCCCGCAUUUCCGACCCCGAGGAGAAGGCAAGAGGCGCGAAGUCUGUGUCAUUUGCGGGCUCUUCGGGCUCGCAGACGUCCAAGAUAUCGUCCUCGGAGGGGUCCUCGGAGGACACGGAGGAUGAAGCGUGGGUUGUCAGGCCGCUCCGGAGCUCCAGGCCGGACCAGCAGCAGUCCCGGCCGAGGGAAGGAUCGGAUGAAUUCUGGAACUAGUAUGUUUUGUUACCCAGGAACUGCGGUCCUCGACGAUGUGUCCAAGUGGGCAGUCUUCUCGAAAAGGGCGGUCUGGGGUAACGCCGCACGGUCUUCGGGUGAGUUGGGUACAUAUCCUCAUAAAUGGGAUGUCGAGUCUACGACAGGUAAGUACGUAAGUCAAGGUAUAUAUGUGGAACGAUUUAUCCCAUAUAACAAGCAGAUUAACAGAUGAGGCAGUCCCAGGGGUCCGAUGCGAUGCUAGAUGUUGAAAAGUUCACCACGCU